CCAUGAACGUAUGAACCAACAUCACGUAAUAAUUCACUGAAUAAAAACGAAAUCGUCUCACAAGUUGUGCAAUUUUACAUUAGAACCAGCACUGACCUACUUCAAAUAAACGAUAUCAUAGAGAAAAGCAGUCUUCAAUUUGACAUAUUAUAAUCUACAACAGAUAGAGGUACAAAUAAUAAAACCGUUAAGUCUUUAGACGGAUAAAUUUUCACCAUAUUACAUCAUAAAAAAUAAUCAUUCAAGAUCGUGCACAUUGGGGAGUUACGGCGAUUCAUGGAAAUUGAAAGUGAAGACCAGGGCAUGCGCUUGACUCAAAAACGAUAUUUUAAAUGAAGUGAAGGUCACCUUGGAUCCAGUUAAAGUUCUAAGCUUGUAGAUAACGGAGUGUUGUGGUAAUAUUUGUUUUACAUUUGCCGUGUGCAAGACGUGAUUCGUUUUUGCAAGAGGACCACCACCCUUCGCGGACAGCUUGACGUGCUUCGCCAUCAGAACUGCCUCUCCGUUGUGAAACGUUGCCUGUAAUUAUGAGUGUUAAAGACAGCUUAUUCGUCCCCGUAGGGGAACCCAUUGAAAAAACCUCCAACAGAGUUACAGUUGUCGGUACAGGUGCAGUUGGAAUGGCUACUGUUGUUAGUUUGCUCAUGCAGGGAAUAACAAAUGAUGUUGUACUCAUCGAUGUCAUGGAGGAUAAAUUAAAAGGUGAAUUAAUGGAUCUUCAGCAUGGAGCUCUAUUCCUGAAAAAUCCAAAGAUUAGCGCUAGUAAAGACUACGCAGAUUCAGCCGGUUCCAAAGUAUGUAUUAUCACAGCUGGAGCUAGACAACAAGAAGGCGAAUCACGUCUAGAUUUGGUCCAAAGAAACACAGACAUUUUAAAACACAUUGUUCCUCCCUUAGUGCAAUAUUCACCAGAUACCAUUUUAAUGAUAGUCAGUAAUCCGUGUGACAUAUUGACGUAUGUGGCUUGGAAACUCUCCGGAUUACCAGUUAAUCGAGUAUUUGGUUCAGGAACAAAUCUCGAUACGUCCAGAUUUAGGUUUUUAAUUUCUCAGAGACUGGGGUGCAGUUCUAGCAGUGUACAUGGAUGGAUCAUUGGAGAACAUGGAGAUACUAGUGUUCCUGUAUGGUCCGGUGUCAAUGUAGCUGGAGUUCGUUUAAAAGAUAUCCAACCCAAAAUGGGAACCGAUGAUGAUCCAGAAGGCUGGAAAAAAUUACAUGCAGAUGUCAUCAACGCUGCAUAUGAAAUAAUUAAAUUGAAAGGUUACACUAAUUGGGCUAUUGGCCUUAGCGCAGCUUCUUUAACGAACACAAUAUUGAAAAAUCUUCAUAACGUCCAUGCAGUAUCAGUUUUGGUGCAGGGACAUCAUGGAAUUACCGAAGAAGUGUAUCUUUCAUUGCCUGCAAUAUUGGGAGAUACUGGCGUGGUUAGCAUUGUUAAACAAACACUAAACCCGGAUGAACAGGCAUCUUUACAAAAAUCUGCCAAAGCGAUGGCUGCCGUACAAGCUGACUUAAAAUUAUAAUUAUAUACGUAACACAAGUUGAAUGGUUAUUAAUUUUUAAAUGUGUGUGUAAAUGUUAGAUUAGAGAAGACUUCUAUGGAACAUAUUUCAUAGCUUAUUUUGAAUUACGCUACUAUUGAUAACAAAAUAAUUAAUUAUAUUACUCGUUAGUUUCUAUAAAUUUUUUUAUACGUUGAUUCAUUGCCGAAUAUUUUCGGUUUUAUAUAUUUGAAACACUCUAAUUUUUCCUGUAUCUAUUUUUAUAUGCUUUUGUUGAUAAUUACUGCUUUAUGUUUUUUUAAGAUAUGAUCCUAAGUCUAAGUUCAAAUUACUCUCAAAAAAUUUGUAGUUGAUGUGAAUAUUAAUCCAUGAUUCACAGCCUGUCACUAGUCAUACAUUUAUUUAUAACUGAUAAACGAUGUAAUUUAGUGGAAAGCAAAGGUUAUUUCCUUGUUUCACCAUGCAGGAUAUAUUUAUAUAAAAGUUUUGUCUUCUUUGAUUAUGAAUUGCUGAUAUUAGAAAGUUGAUAUUCUAGUCCUUCAGACAAAAUUCCAUAACAAAUUCGAGAGAUUAUCCUUAUGUAUGUAAAACAAUACAAUGAGAUUUUAUAACUUAACAUCUUUGCUAAAAUUCGCUGCCACUAUCCUUUCUAAUGUUGAAUGAAUUAUGUAUUAGAGAGUAUAUUUCCAAUAAUCCCUAUAAUCUAAUAAAUUUUCAAUCCGACUACUUCAUAAGUUGAGAACCUAUAACACAUAGAGAUAGUUGUACUUCCUGUGGUAGUUGUACUUGUAAUAUUGUUACCCUUUGUAAGAUAUAGUUAUUCUUGUUAAUUAUAUGCACAAUUUUUCUUUCUGCUUCUAACUUAUUCUUUGUAUUGUCAUCGGUGAAUGAAUGACCCGUUUAAAGUUCAGGUUCUUUCACCUACUUGAGCCAAUAUAAUUAAGGAUUAAACGACUUACCUUAAGGAUGUUCAAUCCUAAUUAUACGAUAUUGGACACGUCCUCCUAGAACACCCUGUACUAAUACUCCUAAUCACUUAUCACGCGCAAGUUUAAAGAAAAUGAUUCACCCUCUCGUCGAUCCUGCCUGGCUCGUUUCGUUCGUGUGUCAUUAUACUUCGCCUCUGUACUAAGAUCGCCUCUGGGGCGGGUGUACUAUUACCUUUCGUUUUGACAACCCAAGUCACUUGCUUCCUGGGUGGGUUUGUUCUAGGAGGACGUGUCCAAUAUCGUAUAAUUAGGAUUGAACAUCCUUAAGGUAAGUCGUUUAAUCCUUAAUUAUACUUCUAUUGUACACGUCCUCCUAGAACACCCUGUAGAUGUUUAGAGAAGAUUGUAGAGGCGAUCUUGACCAGAAUAAAAAUAGUCUUAUUACAGUUCUAUUCAUUUUUAUUUCCCAGAAAAGUAACAUUUGUGUAACAAAAAAGUACAUCCCAAAAAUUUUAAAUCUAAAAUUAAUUAUAAACCCUUUUCGUUUUUAGUAUUAUUAAUACUAUGAACUAACAUAACAUACUUGCAUGAAUGAACAAAACAUUAUAUAUUUUUGUCAUAGAAUGCAAAACCGAACAAAAACUUUUUCAUUUGUUUUUUAUUAAGUUUUCAAUAUAAUUAGAAAACGUUUCUGUGCCUACCAAAGGCCUGUUAUAGAAUUUACAAAAAGUAUCUGACUUUUCAGACCACCCAGCUGCACUUCUUAUGCUCUCGAUAUUUACCCCAGAUCUGAGGGCAGCCGAAGAAGCAGCGUGUCUGGUACUGUGCCCUUUUUUUUUAGUGUCAACUCCCCCCAUUUUUAAUCCAUUUUUGAUCCAGCGACUGAGGGUUUGAGUCGUAGCACAAUGAUAUGGUCGUUUGGCAGUUAAAAUAAGGUAGUCUUCGCUACCCCUGAUACUUUUUGUUCGUUCGAUAUAGUGUAGAAUGGUAGAGCAAACGCAAAGCGCUGGAUUAUCCCUGAAGAAGGAAAACUUUAAGAGUGGUUGAGGUUUUUUCGGCCCCGAGGUUUUCACAAUAUCUGUUAUUUUUAUUUGUAUUCCUGUAUCCGAGCUCACAAUAUUACUUAUUUUUAUUUUAGAGAAGGUCUGCACCCUUUGGGCUGUGGUCAAGGCUAACAGUACAACUAGCUUUACUGAAAUUUGGCUCAUAUCAAGAGUAUGCAAUGGGUAAAGUUUUUCUAACAUAAUUAGUACCGGAGAUGGGUCCCAAGUCUCGUCGUAUCUUGGAAAGCUUGGGCGAGUUUUAAAAACCCCUUUCAUAAACCGUUCCACAGUGUCUGAUUUCCCUGCUUCUGAGAUAAGAUUUAGUGCAGACUUGUGAGUGUUGAUGCUCGAAUAGCUUGAGCCAUUUUGAAAUUGUUGACUUAAAAACUCAAGAAUAUUGUGAACAGUAGGUUGAAAAAUUUUUUGCUUAUUCCCUUCGAAAAAUUCCCACCAUUUUGAAUAUGUUGUAUUAUACUGCUUGAUUGUAUUCUCACUAAGAGAUUUAAGCAUCAGGUCUGCGGCGUUUCCUGAUAUAUUUUUCAUUUUGAAGGCUUCCCUGAUAAAAUCGCGGCUCCCAGGGUAAGUCGGGGCCACAGUGGGUGAGGCUUUCUGAAAGGGGAUAAAAGCAAAUUAGGACUUGGGUGUAAUCUAAUUAGUGUGGAACUCAUGAGACUUUCUAGUUUUGGAAACCAUGGUUGGGAUUUCCAUAUAGGGAAAACUACUAUGCAUUCUGCUCUAUCGGCCUCUAUUUUACUUAGAACUUUCGGUAAUAAGGCGAACGGGGGAAAAAUAUAUCCUUUAAUAUUCUCCCAAGAGAGUGUAAAUGCAUCAACAUUUUGGCUUUCGGGGUCAGGGUGCCAAGAAACAAAUUUUUUGCACUUUUUAUUAAGAUAGCUAGCAAAUAAGUCUAUUUCUGGGCAACCCAAUUUUUCGACAAUUUGUUUGUAGGCUUCUACAUUCAUUGAGUAUUCUGUAUCUAUUUCUUUGGAUCUCGAAGCUUUAUCUGCCAAAACAUUGCUCUCUGAGUUAAUAUAUGAAGCAAAUAUUUUGAUAUUUCUUUCCUCACACCACUGCCAUAUGUCCUUAGUUAAAUCAUUUAGAUACUUAUACUUAACGCCCCCCAUUCGGUUUAUGUAGGACACCGCCGUCGUAUUGUCUAUGCGAAGCAAUAUGUGACUGUUUCGUAAAUCUUUGAAAAAAGUCUUGAGACCAAAAAUUGUCGCUUUUAAUUCUAAGUAAUUAAUGUGCCUCUGUUUUUCAAAUGAAUCCCAGAAACCAUUUGCAUUUUGACCAUUGUAAAAAGCCCCCCAUCCUGAAUUGGACGCGUCUGUAAACAACGUAUGUGUGUACUUCGGAAUUGCAAUGCUAUUUUCGCAAUCUUUUAUAUUAUUUAACCACCACAAAAAUUCACUUUUCAGUUUAGGAGAUAUUUUCAUAAUUUUAUCAUAAUCUCCACCACUGACUUUCAGAGCUAAAUAUUUUUCCCUCUCGAAUUGUUUUGUGUGAAGCCACCCGUACUGCGUGGCUGGACAAAUUGAAACCAAGUGACCGACAAAUUUGGAAAAAUCUCUAAUUUUUAUUUUUCGCUUUUUUAAGAUUGCUUUUACCAUAGCAGUAAUUUUUGAUUUUUUAUCUGUAGUUGGACGCAUUGUCAUUUUUUGUGUGUUAAAAAUGAAUCCUAGGAAUUUUAUUUCUCUUUUAGGAGAGAGACAACUUUUUUCUUUAUUUACUACAAAACCAAGCCUUUGAAGAAGACUACAUGUCUGAUUUAUAUUAUCCCGGCAUUCUGUUUUACUUUUUCCAAUGAGCAAUGUGUCAUCUAAGUAAAUUACAGAGGACAGACCUUUCGCCCUUAAAUGUUCAAUAGCUGGUUUUAAAAUUUUGGUAAAUGCGUAAGGAGCAGUGCCAAGGCCAAAAGGAAGACACUGGAACUCUAGAAUUUUGUUUUUGAAUUGAAAUCUAAGAUACUUUCUCUGCUCAGUGGCUACGGGUAUCGAGAAGUAUGCGUCUUUUAGAUCAACUGAAGCUAGAUAGCAGACGUGUGAGAUAAGAUUUUUUGCCGUUCUGUUGUCUUCCAGUUUGAAAUGGGGCGGUGUUAUAAAUGUAUUUAGUUUUUUAAGGUUAAGUAUAAACCUGUCGUUGCCGUCGGGUUUCUUUCUUAAAAAAUAACUAGAUAAGAAUUGCCCAUUACAUUUAGUCACUUCUUUGACGGCUCCCAUAUCAAUAAGUUUGGUAAUGCUGUCUGAAUAAGACUUUUCUAGUUUCCCACUUAAAUUUGGGGGUUUUGGAGGUCUCUUUUGAACAGGAGUUGCAUUAAAAGGUAUUCUGUAACCUUUAACCCAACCUAGAAUUUUACCGUUGGUUGUUAUUUUCUCCCAUUCCUCGAAGAAAAGCCUUAUUCGUCCAGCCAGUUUUGUGUUAGAGGUUACCUCUAUAUCUGACGACGUCUGUAGGAGCUGUGCCCCUGUCUCCGAUUUUCCGGAGCCUCUCUCUCGUUCCGGCGCUUGAAGGUCAUGGCUUUGCUGGAUUUGACUGCUCUCCUCCCUUCUCUGUUUUGUUGUGUCUUCCAUCGAUCUUUGGAGGCGUAGGUCUUCAGGUUUUUUGAAGUCUGGGGCUUUAGUUCCUUUGCUGCAGUCUCUAUAUUUUUGGCGGACUUACAUUUUUCGCCAAAGUCUUCCUCAAAAAGAGUGGAGUCUCUUAAUUGCAUAGAUGCCACUUUCUGCACCUUUUGAUUAAAAUUAUGGUACAGUAAAAAUUUUCUGUGGUUGGUAAUGGCGUGGUGAACCGCGCAGAGCAUUUUUCCCGCUUCCACCAUAUUGGUAAUAUUUGGAUCGGGGUCUUCGGCACUAUGUUUUGCUUCCAGCAUUCUUGAAAGGGCAGUACCAAGCACGGAAAUGCUUUUUCCCAACUGAUUUUGUAAUUCUGCUAAGAAACUAUCCUUUUUAUUUUCUGAAGCAGAAAUGACAGUCUGGACUUCAGGGUUAUUUUUUGGGGCUUCCAACAAGGAGCAGUUGCUCGGUACAAGGCUGUUUUCAAAAAGUUUAGCUUUUGUUUCCUUGUCUAUGCCAUUCUGGAGAUAGCUUUUCCAGCGGUUGGCCAAAUUUUUUCCUCAGUCGGAUCCUCCCCAAGAAUGGUUUUAAUUUCUCCCAUUCUAGCGCUUUUAUCCGAAGUAGUGCCGGAGCUAGAGGAGUUGCUAUCCGCGUAUGAAGAGGAUUCAGAUUCUGAACCUGUUGAAGAAGGCCUGUGUUAAUACGUAUUGUGUAGGCAUAACGUUUGUAUUGUCUUAAAAAAGACUGUAAAAUAAGCGGAUAUCUGGUUAUUUUAGAAUUUUGGGCACCAUAAUAAUAUAUUAGGCACCAUUUUGUUUAAUAUUCUUGUAACGUAUUGGAAGUACCAACGUACAGAAUCAUAUGUUGCCACGUCACGCUGACCGUUGCUGAUGCGAGACUCGGCGUGCAUAAGUCAAAAACUAUGCUGGGUUAUCGUGGCUUUUUUUCAUGUGUCUACAAGGUAGACUAACCCAUGCCGAAUAUAUUAAUCAUACGAUUAAUAUAUGGUGUCUCUUUCGCUGCUUUUCUAAAACAUACUUGUAUUUGUAUUAACUGUGAACUUACUUGAAUCAUAUUCCCUUAGUUUUUCCUCCAGUCUCUUCAUUUUCCUUCGAAUACCGGAAAUCACUUUCUGUUUUCUUUUCUCGGCUUUCUUUCCUUUCGGCAUUCUUUUAAUUCUAUGCACAAUCACUUUUAAACUGAAAACACCGUUGGAAUAAAUUUUUUGCUACUGAUAAAAACACGAUAUUCGUUUUUUGCGUUGUUUACCUGCACGAAAUAAGCGCAAGAAGUAUAAUGACACACGAACGAAACGAGCCAGGCAGGAUCGACGAGAGGGUGAAUCAUUUUCUUUAAACUUGCGCGUGAUAAGUGAUUAGGAGUAUUAGUACAGGGUGUUCUAGGAGGACGUGUACAAUAGAAGUAUAAUAGAUUAUGAUUUUAUUUUGAUAUUCUCAAGCAAGCUCAGUACAGAUAAAGUGUCUCGAACGGGAGAGAAAAUGAAUAUUGUCGACACCGUAACGCUUUUCGGUCCCAUGAAUCAUGUGCGAAUAUCUACUGCGCGACAGGGGAGUCGCGUAUGCUGUUGGAUACAAGCCUCGACCACUAACAAUUACUGCUGCGCUUAAUUUAAAAUGAGCGUUGACCACAGCAAUACUGGCAAUUGGCCAUAAUGAUCGGCUGGCCAUAUUCGACCCAGGUACCUUACUAUAAAUUAAGAAAGUAAAGAAAACUUGUUUAGACGAAAUGAAAAAAUUUAUGUUUUCCAAAUGAAAAAAAAAGAAAAAACCAGAAAACUUUAUUGAGUCUGGAAUAAGAACAGAAUGAACCAACUUUAUGGCUUUUCGUUUUUUUUUAUAUUUAGUACACUAAUAUUUUCCAUCAUUGUACGAUUUUACCUUGUUGUAACAACUUUAAGCGCGUGGUUUUUGUCCAAUGAUCACAAGAUCGAAACUGGCGCAUGGUGUUAAUAUAUACGCAAGAAUUCCAUAUACGUUUGCUUCUAUAACGUCAAGUUUACCUCUACGGUCUUAACAAUUAAUUAGUAGAAAUAGUGACAAGUUAAGAUUAAAUUUUAACUAGUAUGAAAAUGUCUAAUUACAUAUUAAAUGGGACUCCUAACUAAAAUGAAUUUGGAACAUAGUAAAUCGAUUUGUCCUCUUUCAAUUGCGAACAUUUCUCCUUUAGCGUUUUGCCACCGUAGCUCGAAACUCUUCCCCAGAGAGUUGUAUAUAAUAUUAAAUCGAAAGCCAGUUUUUUUACGAACUAAACUUAAAAAUCUUAAAAAAAUUGGACUAAAACUGUGAACAACUUAUAUAACUAGAACGUUGAUUAAAUUACAGAAUCAAUCUACUACGUUAUCAAAAGUUGAUUUAAACAAUGAAAUUUUAUUAUUUUGUUGCUGUUGACGCUGAUACAUAAAAAAUAAUUUUUAUUAGUGACUGUACGACUGAAAUGGCAUCGGCAUACUAAUUUUUGAAUACGAGAGAUAUUUGACAAAUAAUAUAACAGGCCGAUUGGCAUGUUAAAAAAAUAUUUAUUUAAAUAUAUUAAUUGAAAUCUCCACUAUUUUACAUCGUUGAUAAGAAGCAACAAUUUUUUUUCUUCGAAUCAAUUCAAUAAUAUAUAAUUUUAGUAUUUUUUUAAACAGGGUACCACACUCCAGUAUUAUGCAUUUUUCAAUUAUGUGGUAUUCUCUUAGUACAUUUUAUUGUAUAUUCCAUUAAUAGGAUUUAUUCCUUCAAUUCUACUUCUUUUCAUCAAAUUAUCACUUUCAGUAGCCAAAAAUCUACAGGAAAUGAAUCCACUAACCAUAUAGUUAUUAUAUACUAUUAUUAUUAUAACUUUAUUUUGUGUAUGACGACAAUUAUGAAUAAAAGUUCUUACAAAAA